AUGACUGAGUUACUGGAGGGUAAAUGUGCAUGUAUGGAGGAAUUUGCCGCGUCUGCGAUACCCACUGUGCUGCUGUUGUGGCGCGGGAGGACAGACGACGCUGCAGUGGCACACGGGAGUCAUUUGGAUGUGGUCCAUCAGUCGAUUUUGCUGUAUUUGCUACGGACACUUGAUGGCAUGUGCGGAUCGGAUGUGAAAUGCGUGGAACAAACAGAAAGUGCGCUGAAACUGCGCCUUCUCCUUUGGAUUUCUUUCAAGGCGCUGUAUUUGGAGCCCCCCGGCGGCGGUCAUGAAUUCCCGGGAAAGUGGAGAAGUGAGGUGCUUCGUGACAGCAAGGCUGCGGAGAGAAUAUUGGCGUCUGAUAUAUUUUUGGGCAAUGGGGGUGCUGUACAUUGUCAGAAAGUAGAGGUCUUGUCGUGGCUUGUGGUGGAGGUUCUUCUUCAGUACCGUUGUUAUUGGAGGCAUGUAGAUAUAUGGGGUUCUGUUGAGGGUUGCCGCUCGCAUCCGUUUAUUUUGUGGGCCGUGGGGAAUCUCAGUGAAGUGGGCACCGAAGGAGCCCGUCCGUGGACACUUUCGUGCGUGCAGCAGCGGGCCGUGGAAAUGAUUGUUUUGCUUGGGGCCGACGCCGUGUUGCUUGAAAGAAACAGAGAAUUGUUUACGGACGCCUAUCUUCGCACGCUUGUUGCGGCAGGGCGUGAAAUUUUCACCCCCGAGCUUUUUGGGGGGUUAACGAGCAGCAUUCGUGACGGUUUGAUCCGCGGCGAUCGUCUGUACCACGACGAUCUGUGCGUUCUUUUGGAGACUUUGCGCCGCCACGUGUCUGUUGACACAGACGAAGGACGCGUGCGUGAUUUGCGGAGCGUCAUUGAUGUUCUUUUAAAUACAGCGUGUCCCUUUUCUUGCGAAAAGGAGAUUAUGCGUGGCGUGGAGGCGGUCUGUACAUGGUUUGAGUUGCUUGGCCUUCAGGUGGACUAUCGCCACGUGCUCAUGGAGGGUGCCAUUGACGGUGAGGUGCUGCGCUCCGGUCUUUCGCUGCACGAGGUGCAACAAAUGGGCAUCCGAAACGAAAUGGACGCCACGUCUUUGCUGCGAGUUUUAGCUGCCCGCCCAAAUCGCAGAGUGAUGCCUGGUGAUUCACGAAUGUGA